CAUUACAUUGUACAGGUGACUCGCCCCAUAUACUAACCCCAAUACUUCAACUAACCCUAACCUGUACUAAUCAUAUGUGACCCCGGACCACCAUUCCUGCAGUCACGCCGUUGAGGAACUCGGCAAAAAUAAUUUUUUGGGCAUUAUGCUUGAUAUAUUUUUGAUUAAUAUAAACAUGAAUGAAUGUCAAUAACAUUUUCCACAUUUUACGAUACAAUCUGCCUUUACAAAAUGCGUUUUUUAUUCAUUUGAACCGCUUUGUUUAUUUGAUAUUGAUUCCGACUCCCACUACUUCUUGCCAUUUGUUUUAAUUCAGUAAGGACCGCAAAUCAAAUCACCCUAGGCCUCUUCACCUAAUAAUAAUAAUGUGCAUACGUAUUAAUUUCCAUGAAAAGAAGUGCUUCGCUUUUAAUUUUUUUUCCAUGAUUUAUAAGCAUUGCCUCUGAACGAACAGAGGGACACCGAAAAUCAGUAAGUGCCACAGUAUAUAAAAUCCUAUAACGAUGGAUCUUAGUUUCUGAUCAAAUGUUUGAAAUGAUGGAAGAAAAUGUGUCAUAAAUAUACAAAUUUAUAACGACAGGCAUCCUUUGCGAAUUGGUUUAAAAUAGCUUUCUAUGUAUUCCAUUGUUCUGUAUGAAGGGAAAUCUAUUUUUCCUGUAAAGUAUUGUUAUUAAGCGCUCAUAAGUGUACUGUGCUUACAUAAUUCUUUCAUGCUUUUAGUAAAACGACUUUUUACCCUCCGAGGGGUAAAAGUGGGGUGAACGGCGAGAGUUACUCUGAAACAAGAACUAUCUUUAGUUUCUAAUCAAAUGUGUGAAAUUGUUGAAGACAAGUAGCAUGCAUAUUGUUAUUAAAAUGAAAAUUGCAGCUGCAACCCCAGCUGACAAAUACGCUUAUUCCCUUUUUUGUGCAACGAUACCGACGUGGCACCAUCUAAUUGGUUGUCAGGAUAUACUUCUGCAAGUGACGGACUCUUUUGGCGGAGCAAUUUGACGGGAAAGUGAUAGAAAUAAUCCCUACUGUGACAAUUCCUUCAAACUGUUAAGCAUUGAAAAAGGAAUAGUCAAAAUAACAAUAUAUGUACAAAUAUAUUCUUAUGAUAAAAAUAAUACCAAGAAACAAUUACUCACCUUAGUGAAAUAAAUAAUCCAUCAAAGGGCAUUGGCGUCAGUAUCACUCCGCAUGGCCUCUUUAUAAAGUUUGUGCGUUCUCUUAAACGUCAUUCAGUGAAGCAACUAUGGAUGAGUUAAGUGUAUCACCUCUGUGUUCUCGCGAUCUAGAUCCUUGGUCAUCUCCUGUUCACUCUGGUGGAAUCGACUUAUGCUCGACACCCGUUCGCUCAGAUAGCUCUUUUUUGCAGCUGCGUCUCUCCAGUGUUAGCAAGAUUAGUGCAACUUCAAAUUCAAAUGACGUACAGUCUGUCCGCGAAAUGAUCUCAGAAUUUAGACGGGAAUGGAAGCAGGCAAACCAGGGAAUGCAGAGCAUAAUUCAAAGGCAGCAGGACGCUAUAGAUCAACUCACGCAGGCAUUAGCCGAUGUAAAACAGAGGUUACAGCAUGAGCAAGAACCUGGCACUCGGAGAAAGAUGUCAGAAAGUGAGACAAUUCCCGCAGAGUGUAAGCUAGCAGUAAGGGCAAUGUACAGAGCACUUUCAACAGAUACAAGGCAUUGGCGAUUUGACCUCAGUUUCAACUCGGACAGAAAUUCUGUUCUGACAGAGACGGUGGUCAAGGAGGUAAAGCAGAAUUAUCUGACGGCCGACGGAAAGUCCAGGUGGCCAGUGGCUGACAUACACAGUGCAUGUAAAAUAUACUUCAAAUCCCAGAAAGACGACAUAAAGAGGGAAGAGGGUGGCUCAAAGGAAAACCAUAGGAUAAGAGUCAGGCGGAAUGAACGUUUAAAGGCCAAACUGCACAGAAGAAGUACUGCGUUGCAGAUGGCCGAAUGGACGGAAAGGAAGAAACACAAGGUUGGAGCAGUGAUGAAAAAAGAAUAUAUGUCGAGUGACGAGGAGAAUGAGUUCGGGGAACGGGUCGUAAAAGAAAUACAGUGGGAGUCGCAAAAACUGCACCGGUACAAGAAAAAAUUGGACAAUAUAUACCGGAAGUACCAACCUGAGCGCACAAGGAAAAUGACAACCGUGCCCAAAAGGGACGGGGGGCUUUCGGACAGAGAAAAGCCCCAAGAUUGCCCACCAUGGGCAUGUAUGUAGACUUAAUGUAAUUUGAUUAAAGGAACUGUACGUAAUGGCCAGAACAUGAACUUUCCCGGAAUAAACUAUUUUCCCGUACUUAACAUUGGUUAACGAAUCCAUUUCUACAUUCAAAAUUAGUGCCUCCUUUUUUUAAAAAAAGUUUGAUUUUAUGUUAUAA